AUGCACGUCGUCUCUAGUAUGACGAUGUUGGGCCUGGCGACCCCCGUCCUCACUCAGUCCGCGGAGCCCUUCAACCUCAGCCGACUCACCCUCCACCCCAGCCGAUGGCAGGACAACCAGGACCGCACACUGUCCUACCUGCACUACGUGGACCUAGACCGGCUCCUGUACAACUUUCGGUCUAACCACGGGCUCUCCACGGCGGGGGCAGCGGUAAACGGCGGGUGGGACGCACCAGAUUUCCCCUUCCGCUCACACACGCAGGGCCACUUCCUUUCUGCGUGGGCGCAAUGCUACGCAUCUCUGAGCGAUGACGAGUGCAGGUCCCGAGCCGUGUCGUUCGUAUCCGAGUUGGCCAAGUGUCAGGCCAACAAUGACGCCGUGGGGUUCAGCGAGGGUUACUUAUCCGGCUUUCCCGAGUCGGACUUUGCCAAGCUGGAGAACGGGACGCUGGACAAUGGCAACGUGCCGUACUACUGCAUCCACAAGACUAUGGCCGGACUGCUGGACGUGUGGCAGCACAUCGGGGACGAGACGGCGCGGGUGGUGCUGCUCGGGAUGGCAGGGUGGGUAGACACGCGGACCGCCGCACUGCCAGAAGCGGUCAUGCAGACGGUCGUUCUGGAGACGGAGUUUGGAGGAAUGAAUGACAUCAUGGCGCUGCUGUACACGGCGACGGGGGACGAGCGGUGGCUAGACGUGGGGGCUCGGUUCGACCACGCGGCCGUGAUGGACCCCAUCGCGGCAGGGACGGACGACCUCGACGGCUUGCACGCCAACACGCAAGCGCAGAAGCUAGUGGGCGCGAUGAACGAGUUCUUCGCCACGGGAACGCAGCGGUACCUGACGAUUGCGCGCAACGCGUGGGACAUCAUCACGGGCGCGCACACGUACGCCAUCGGGGGCAACAGCCAGGCUGAGCACUUCCACGCCGCCAACGCCAUAGCGUCGUACCUGGACAACGACACGGCCGAGACGUGCAAUACGUACAACAUGCUCAAGCUGACACGGGAGCUGUGGCGCAACGCGCCCAACGACUCGACGACGGCGUACUUCGACUUCUACGAGGGCGCGCUGCUCAACCAUCUCCUCGGCGUGCAGGAUCCGUCAAGCGCGCACGGGCAUGUGACGUACUUUACGUCGCUGAACCCAGGCGCGCUUCGGGGGCUGGGACCGGCGUGGGGGGGAGGCACGUACAGCACCGACUACGACACGUUCUGGUGCUGCCAAUCCACUUCGCUCGAGACCUUUACCAAGCUGGUGGACUCGGUGUACUGGCACGCCGGAGACGACGAUCUCUACGUGAACCUGUUUAUCCCGUCGAGCGUGGAGUGGACGGUCAAGGGGGUGACUGUGACGCAGGACACGGACAUCCCCGUGGGGGACACGACGAGCAUCAGCGUCGGAGGCUCCGGGUCCUUCACCAUGCAUAUACGCAUCCCUGGCUGGGCGGAGACGAACGCGAGCGUCACUGUCAACGGUGAGGAUUAUGGCUCUACUACGGCUGUGGCCGGGUCCUAUUUUGUCUUGGAAAGGGACUGGAGCGACGGGGAUACCGUAUCUGUCAGGCUGCCGAUGAAGCUGAGGACCAUCCCGGCCAACGACGAUGAGGGUGUCGCUGCACUGGCGUGGGGGCCGACGGUGCUUGCAGGGAAUUAUACGGGGCAGGAACUGAAGGAUCUCCCUACGAUCGAUGUGGAUUCUGUCGAGCGCACGGGGGGCGACGACGGUGGUUUGGUAUUCGAAGGUACGGCGGGGGGUGAGUCGGUUCAGUUAUUACCUUUUUAUGAUGCCCAGGGGUGGGAGUAUACGGUUUAUUGGAAGUUGGCGUAG